AUGACUGAGAUCUACCCGACGAUUGCGCAAUGCGCAGUUGUCGCGACCGCCUUCAAGAUCCUCCUCUUCCCAGCAUACAAAUCUACCGACUUCGAGGUCCAUCGCAACUGGCUGGCCAUCACCCACAGCCUGCCCGUCUGGGAGUGGUACUACGAGAAGACGUCGGAAUGGACCCUCGACUACCCACCCUUCUUCGCCUACUUCGAGUGGCUGCUCUCCCAGGUUGCCAAGCUGGUCGAUCCCUUCAUGCUACGUGUAUACAACCUGGAGUACGAUAGCUGGCAGACAGUCUACUUUCAGAGGUUCACCGUCAUCGUGACCGAGCUGGCCCUGGUGUACGCGCUCCAGAUGUUCAUCGAUGCCCAUCAUGGAGUACCAAAACGGGCGGCUCAGGCUGCGGCGCUCUCCAUCUUCCUCUCCCCGGGGCUGCUGAUUAUCGAUCAUAUCCACUUCCAAUACAACGGGUGUAUGUACGGCAUCUUGAUUGCGUCCUUGGUGCUGGCCAAGCAGAAGUCCGGGCUCCUCACCAGCGGGCUUGUCUUUGCCUCCCUCUUGUGCAUGAAGCACAUAUACGCCUACCUUGCGCCGGCCUAUGUGGUCUAUCUGCUCCGGGCUUACUGCCUCUCCCCAAAGUCCAUCUUGCGGAUCCAAUUCCUCAACUGCGUCAAGCUCGGGGCCGGCAUCCUCGGCAUCCUCGGCGCCGCCUUUGGGCCCUUUGCCGUCAAGGGGCAGAUCCCUCAGAUCCUGAGCCGUCUCUUCCCCUUCUCGCGCGGACUCUGCCAUGCUUAUUGGGCUCCCAACGUCUGGGCUCUGUACUCCUUCAUGGAUCGCGCUCUGAUAUCCGCCGCUCCCCGGCUUGGCCUCCCCGUCAAGGAAGAAGCGCUCAACAGCGUCACCCGAGGCCUUGUGGGGGACACAUCGUUUGCCGUCCUGCCUGAGAUCACGCCCCGGCUGUGCUUCGCGCUGACCCUGCUCUUCCAGGCUAUCCCCCUGGUGAAGCUCUUUUUGAAGCCGACUUGGGAUGCCUUCAUCGGAGCCGUGACGCUCUGCGGAUACGCAUCGUUCCUCUUUGGAUGGCACGUCCACGAGAAGGCCAUCCUGCUCGUCAUCAUUCCCUUCAGUCUCAUUGCGCUCAAGGAUCGUAGACAUCUGAGCGCCUUCCGCCCCUUGGCCGUGGCCGGCCACGUUUCCUUGUUUCCACUGCUGUUCACGCCGGCCGAGUUCCCCAUCAAGACGGUAUACACCAUAUUCUGGUUGAUCCUCUUCCUGACGGUGUUUGACCGGCUCGCACCGCCGUCGAACAGGCAGCGCUUCUUCCUCUUUGACCGUUUCAGCAUCCUCUACAUCGCCGUCAGCAUCCCCCUGAUGGCGUACUGCUCGCUUAUACACCAGAUGGUGUUUGGGAAGAGGUAUGAGUUCCUCCCCUUGAUGUUUAUGAGCUCCUAUUCCGCCAUAGGAGUGGUGGGGAGCUGGCUGGGCUUCAUGGUGGUCUAUUUCACCUCGUGA